GUGGGAGGCUCUCUGCACCAUGAUCCACUGGUACAGCCUGCAUUAGUCUCAGAGAAAGACACAAACCCAAUCACUGAAGCAUCGGACAGGACCCACCUUAUAGAAAAGAUACAAACAUAACCAGAGAUUAAGAAGGAAAAAAAAAAAGAAAAGAAAGAAACGUCCUGGAAAUAUAGGCUAAGUGCACGUGAUGGAAAGAGCUGGGAUGACUUUGGCGAGGAGGAAAACGGACACCACCGACGCGAGCACUUCUCUUGCAUUCUGACCUCGCUUCACUUUGCUCUGGGGUGUAGGCGGACCUGAAGGAACACAUACACAGAUCUGUGUUCAGCACAUGGGAUUGCUGUGCAGGGAUAACUGCAGAAUGCGAGUUUGAGCAUUACUGGACUGUUAUUUUCCUCUCCCUGUCUGCGGCCAUGCUCCAGGCAUCCUCAUGCGAUCUCUUCCCUACCUGAGGGACACGAAAGGAAAUAGCUAGUCCUCUAGCCUAUAUUUAGCGGAUAUGUCGUGUUUGUCGCAAUGACCUUAAUUGGAUGAUGGGUUUAUUCAUUCAAGGUAGUUCUUAAGGUAUACUGGAGCUAAGGGAGGUUUUGGAGGACCUUGCUGCACCUGGAUAUAACAUUGCAGCCCUGCUGUUUUGUUUAUUUGUUCAGGCGAAUGAACGAGGGAAUGAAUUGCUGAAGUUUGUGAUGCACGCGGAUGAUGGAUGAUGAAAAGCGUUGCUCAGAGCUCGCGCGUCUUGUCCGUCUUUGAACUCAGAAGAUGCAUGCAGGAUCUCGUGCACAGCUUUAGUUCUCUUUGUUUUGUGCGCAUAACCGUCAGCACUCUCUCCGGGACAGGUGUGAUGUAAACAAACCAGUGACGCGGCUGUAAACUUGUGUUAUUCGACCAACUCGCGUACACGUUCAUUUCUCAAAUGCUGGGCGAACUUGUGGCUAGUGCGGGACGCGCGUGAGUCAGUCUGAGUGUCAGUGUGCGUGUCCUGGUUCGGUCAUGGGAGCGAAGCAGGCGAAGAGCCCGGAUGAGGCGGGCGCCAGCCCUCAAAGCGCGCGCUGCAGGAGGACACCGACGCGCGAGCGAGGUAAUGACGUGCGCGCCUCGCUCGUGCUGCGCGCUGGGGAGAGACUCUCGCGCGCCGGACCUCCGCCUCCAUACCAGCGCCGAGUGGGCAUGAUCCAGGACAUGAUGCUCAUGGCCAAGCAGGGCAAACACGACGAGGCCACAGAGAUGCUCAAAACCCUGCGACAGGAUCUGGGAAUGGAGUCAACCUCCCUGGAUGACGUCCUUUAUCGCUACGCCAGUUUUCGGAACCUGGUGGAUCCCAUUACACACGACCUCAUUAUCAGUUUGGCCAGAUACGUUCAUUGCCCGAAGACGGAGGGCGAUUCUCUGGGAGCGAUGGAGAAGGUGUGCCGGCAGCUGACCUACCACCUGAGCCCACACUCACAGUGGAGACGCCAGGGCCUGCUGAAGAGGAAACCUCAGGCGUGCCUGAAAGCCAUUCUUUCUAAUCCACCGGCCAGUGGAACGUUAGACCUCUCCGGCAUUCCUCUGGGGGUAAAGGAUAUGGAGCGACUUUGCUCGCACCUGCAGCGGCAUGCAUCUCGUGUUUCCAGCCUUGAGCUGGGAUUCACAGAGCUCACAGAUGAAGCCUUUCUUCUGCUCCUGCCCACGCUGGCCUCACUGCCUCGGCUUGAGACACUGGCACUCAACGGCAACAGGCUGACACGAGCUGUGCUCAAGGAGCUGACGGACACGCUGAAGGAACCCGAUCGCUUCCCUAGCAUCACAUGGAUAGACCUUGGAAACAACGUGGACAUCUUCUCGCUGCCACAGUCGUUCCUCGUGAGCCUGCGUAAGCGCUGCCCCAAGCAGGGCAACCUGCCUACCAUCCUGGAGUUCGGAGAGAGCCAGGCGAGUGAGCCAGACACCCGGCCAGACGAAGAUGACACGGAUAACACCGACGAUACAAACAAGACGCUGAGCCUGGGUGAGCUCAGGUCUGAGGUGGACUGUGAGAUGGACGGGGAGAUGGAGAUUGAAGAGAUGAUGGAGGAGCUGCUCGACUUCGAUAGGGAGGUCAGAGGUCUGGAUGAUGAGGAGAGUGUGUGGACCAUGGAGGAGCAGAGGGCUGGAAAAAGGCCAUAUGAAAGACAAAGCAGUGUGAGAAAAGCAACUAAGGCUGAAGGUGAGGAGGACACACACAGCCGGAGCUCACAGCUGUCGUGUUCUAGUCAGUCACAGGACUCUUCAGCAGCCUUCGGGGAUGUGAGAAAGGACAAUGGUGUGGAUCAGGUCCCUUGUUCUUCAGGCAACCUGACCUGAGCAGACUUCCUCAGUUUAGAAAUUGUAGCCUUUAAACCUGUCUUGUCCAAAGAGUCAGGAGAGACCCUGCAUUAGACUGUUUACAGGUCAGAGUGACGAGUCUCAAGGUAGUAAAAGAUUGGAGGGGAUGACUCACAUAAAAGUAAGGGACUAUGUGAUAAAUAAAUGAUAUUUUGUGUAUAUCAUGCAUAAAAUUACAACCUAUACCACUUAUGAGGUAUAACAAUCAUAUUAUAUAGAGUAAGGUAAGAUACCCUUUGCAGUUUAUAUGCUUCUCUUUCAGGUAAUACCCCUUGGUUAUAUGGUCCUAACAACAGACUUUUACCUAUGUGCCUGUCUGACCCUGUUAAAGAAGCGUGAUGGUCUGACUGAGACUGGGCGCGCAUGCUUAUCCAGUGCACACGGCGACUGAGAUCUGGAGACAAACUCACCAGCCUGACAUUAUUAGUCUAGCUUGGACAUUUCCUUCUCCGUCUAUGCAUCUGUUUCUACAUCCCAAGCAAGAAAACCUGCUCAUCAGCCUUUGAAAUGCAUGUCCCCAGUGUCAGAACAGCCUGUGCUCCAGAAGAAAAGCAAGAGGAAACCAAAUAUGUUCAAGGAUGCCCUGAGUUCAGCUUUAGAAAAUUGUUGCGCUUUAUGAUGGACUGGCACCAAAGACCGAAGGACAGAAUAACAUUAAAAUAAACAUAAAUUUCCCGAUUAUUACAAUAUAUUGAAAGGUAUCAAAGCUUCGCUCUUCCUUUUAUACAGACAUUCUAACCUGCUAUAUAAUUGCAAUUUAUUUGGUAUAUUUUUAAUAUAAUCACCCAGACAUUGUAUUAUGCUGUAGAGUAUUUGUUUGAAAUAUCAAUUUACCAGUUAUGACACAUUUAUAGCCUCCAUUUAUUCACCAAGUAUUUCUUCACCAGCGCAUACUCAUGCACCAGUAGGUCCAAUCUUCAAUAUAUUCAGUAUCUCGAAUACAGUUUAUGACAUGGAUCAUAUUAUCCCUCACCAUAAUACUUACAAAAUCUGUGAAUGAGCCAUUUUCAGGUCUGUUAUUCUGUUCUUUUACAGAGUUUCUGUAAUAAAUAUCUUAUUUUGUAAGGACCAUA